AGCAGCCAAUUUCAAUGUCCUGUGAUAUUUUCAGACACGGUAUCACAGUGAUAAUAUGUUUGGACAUGUAUGUGUAUAUUGAUUGGCAUCCCUCGGCAGUACACAGUCUCUUUUGACAGAUGGCAGGGUGCUGAUGUGUUUGUGCUGCUCCUGUCUUCUGGUUUCAGUCCAGACCGAUCAGGUCUCUCGGGUUUCCUCCGUUUUGUCGUGUUUCUGUUGGCUCGAUGCGUAUCUUGGUGCUGAAAGGACGGUAAACUCCGUCUCCUGAUCGUGUGACCCGCAUCCAGAUCUCACGGCGGGACUAACGCGCGCUUUUCACAUCUAUAACUCAACCCGGUGCCAAAACCGCACGAGACUAAUGACCCAGAUUGCAUGUCGCUCCCGUGUCACUUCAGGACACUAUGCAAUGAUAAAGGUGUCAUUUCCGUCUCCAUCCCCGCAUCAGCUCCGUUACCUGUCCGCGCGCCCACCUGUUGCGCGCAUGAUUGACAGCUCAAUAGCGGCGCGUCCAGUUACUCGGCGCGCAACGCGACACCCGGAGCUCCAGUGUCCGGGACGCCUGCGCGUAACGGGCCAGAACCGAGCGGGAUUAUCGGUGCGCUGGAUGAAGAUCCUCGCUGUCCUGGGGUGAUGGAGAGGACGCUGCUCUGGAUGGAGACGCUCUUCUUCUCUGCGUUAUUGCUGGUUGGAGUGGCUCAUUGUUCUCAGGGUCGAUUCGCACACAAGCUCUUGAAUGAUCUGAUGGAGAAUUAUUCCAGUGCUCUGCGACCGGUGGAUGACACGGACAAAUCUCUCAACGUCACACUGCAGGUCACGCUGUCUCAGAUCAAAGACAUGGACGAGAGGAACCAGGUGUUAAUCGCGUAUCUGUGGAUCAGACAGACGUGGCACGACGCCCAUCUGAAGUGGAGUAAAGAGGAGUACGAUGGUCUGGAGGUGAUCCGGAUUCCCAGCAGCCUCGUGUGGAGGCCGGAUCUGGUGCUGUAUAACAAGGCGGAUGAUGACUUCUCCGGGCCGGUGGACACUAACGUGGUUCUGCGGUAUAACGGUGAGAUCACGUGGGACGCUCCGGCCAUCACUAAGAGCUCGUGUGUUGUGGAUGUUUCCUACUUUCCUUUCGACAGCCAGCAGUGCAACCUGACCUUCGGCUCGUGGACCUACAAUGGAAACCAGGUGGACAUCACCAUGGGGAUGGACAGUGGCGACCUGUCGGACUUCGUGGAGAACGUAGAGUGGGAAUGUCACGGAAUGCCGGCCACUAAGAACGUGAUCAUGUACGGCUGCUGCUCGGAUCCGUAUCCCGACAUCACCUACACGCUCCUGCUGCAGAGACGCAGCUCCUUCUACAUCUUUAACCUGCUGCUGCCCUGCUUCCUCAUCUCCUUCCUCGCUCCUCUGGGCUUCUACCUCCCUGCCGACUCGGGAGAGAAGGUCUCGCUGGGCGUCACGGUCCUGCUGGCGCUCACCGUCUUCCAGAUGAUGGUCGCGGAGAGCAUGCCUCCCUCCGAGAGCGUUCCUCUGAUCGGUAAAUACUACAUAGCGACGAUGACUAUGGUCACAGCAUCCACUGCUUUAACCAUCUUCAUCAUGAACAUUCAUUUCUGUGGAGCCGAGGCCAAACCGGUGCCGAACUGGGCCAAAGUCCUCAUCAUCGACUACAUGUCCAAGAUCUUCUUCGUCUAUGAGGUCGGCGAGAGCUGCGCGUGUCCGUUCGGACAGAUGGAGGAAUCCGAGUCCUUCCACAGUCAGAAGCAGAAGAAGCAGCUCCAUCCCAAAGAUAAAGCGAAAGGAGCUCCGCCCACCUGCUGUCCCGACGACGACAAACCAGCCGCCUUCACGCUGACCUUUGACCCCUGCGUUUACUGCGGUUGCCGUGGCAACAGCGGAACCCUCGGCUGCGACCCGAAGCUGGUCCGGAACGUGGAAUACAUCGCAAGCUGCUUCCGCGAGCAAAAGGCCACGUGCCUGAAAGUGGCCGAAUGGAAGAAGGUGGCCAAGGUCAUGGACCGAAUCUUCAUGUGGAUAUUUUUCAUCAUGGUCUUCCUCAUGAGCAUCCUCAUCAUCGGGAAAGCACCUUGACCUGAGAGAGCACAGACGUCAUAUUCAGUUGGACUAUUUGACAUAUUCAUUUACAAUACUAAGAUCUUAUAAUUUUUUUAACUACUUACUACAGUCGUUUUGUUUUUG